GGCUCUUCCCUGCUGCUUAGUACGUCGUGCGGCGGAGGGAAUUGGAGUUUGUGCGUCUUGUUGUGCGUCUGUGGACCAAACAGCAGCAGCAGCAGCAGCAGCGGUGCGCCUUUCCUCCUCCAGAGCCGCAGGCAUCCCGGAAAGCAGCAACGACGUGCAUGUCUUGGACAGAAGAAGGAAGAGGAUACUGCUUCUUUACCUCCUUUAUUAUUAUUUUUGACUGAUUGAGACAUACAUAUUUUGCUUUUCCCUGAUGGUAACCACCACCGAGCAGCCGGAGACAUGUGGACUAAUCUGGGGAAACUGCACCGCUUCUUCUUAGUGUGUCUUCUCCUGACGCUGUGGGCCGAGGUGUCUCGGGCCACGGGUUAUUUCGAGGUGCAGUUGAUUUCGGUGGAAAACCCCAAAGGUCGGCUCCACAACGGUGAUUGUUGCGACGACGAGAAGAGCGCAGCAGAAAGCCAUUGCGGCGAGGACGAGUGCGACACCUACUUAAGAGUGUGUUUAAAGGAAUACCAAACGGAGGUCACGACCAGCGGACCGUGCACCUACGGCUCGGAAACUACUAAGGUUAUCGGUGGGAAUACUUUUCAGUUCAAGGGCGGACAGAAAACUGGACAGAACCGGAACAACGACGCCGGGAAGAUCUCUAUUCCCUUCCAGUUUGCGUGGCCGCGAGCAUUCACUGUGAUAGUGGAGGCGUGGGACAGAGACAACGGCACACACAGCAAUGAUGAUGAGCUACUGAUUGUGCGCAGCAUCUACAGAGGGAUGAUUAAUCCCGGAGAGGAAAAGCAGGAGGUGGAAUAUAAGACUUCGAUUGCUAGCGUUUACUACACCAUCCGUGUGCGCUGUGAUGAACACUACUACGGCACUAAAUGUAACAAAGUCUGCCGACCACGCAGUGACUACUUCGGCCAUUAUGUGUGUGACCAGCUUGGGAACCGAGAAUGUAUGGAGGGCUGGACAGGACCUGACUGCAAAACAGCCAUCUGCAAACAAGGCUGCAGCCCCACCCAUGGGACGUGCAGUGUGCCGGGGGAAUGCAAGUGUAACUAUGGCUGGCAGGGUCCGCUGUGUGACGAGUGCUUGCCGUACCCGGGCUGUGUUCACGGUACCUGCAGGCAGCCCUGGCAGUGCACCUGUGAGAAGAACUGGGGUGGCCUGCUGUGUGAUAAAGAUCUGAACUACUGUGGGACCAACCGGCCCUGUAAGAACGGAGGAACGUGCAUGAACACAGAGCCAGAUGAAUACCACUGCGCCUGUCCAGAUGGCUACUCCGGCAAGAACUGCGAAAUCGCGGAGCAUGCCUGUGUGUCUAACCCUUGUGCCAACGGAGGGACGUGCCAUGAAGUCCCUGCCGGGUUUGAGUGUCACUGUCCCGCUGGCUGGUCUGGACCAACCUGUGCUAAAGACACUGAUGAAUGUGCCUCCAGCCCCUGCGCACAGGGUGGAACCUGCAUCGACAUGGAGAACGGCUUUGAAUGCCUCUGUCCGCCACAGUGGACGGGCAAGACCUGCCAGAUAGAUGUAAAUGAGUGUGCGGGGAAGCCGUGCCUCAAUGCUUACUCUUGCAAAAACUUGAUUGGUGGAUAUCACUGUGCCUGCUUUCGUGGAUGGGUGGGCCAGAACUGUGACAUCAAUAUGAACAGCUGCCAUGGACAGUGUCAGAAUGGAGGGACCUGCAAGGAGCUGGCUAGAGGCUACCAGUGUGUCUGCCAGCCGGGUUUUGUGGGUCGGCACUGUGAGGUUCAGAGGAACCGUUGCAGUAUCAGUCCAUGUAAGAACGGCGGCCGCUGCCACACCCUGCUGGACGGGUUCAUGUGUGAAUGCCCGCAGGGCUUUACUGGAACAACGUGUGAGUUGCAAAACGACCCCUGUAGCCCGAACCCGUGUAACAACAAGGCCCAGUGCCACAGCCUGAUGGGCGACUUCUACUGCAGCUGUCCGGACGACUACGAGGGCAAAACCUGCUCAGAGCUCAAGGAUCACUGCAAGACCAACCAGUGUGAAGUGAUCGAUAGUUGCACUGUUGCCGUCACAACCAACGACACCGAAAAGCAGGUGUGGUACAUCUCGUCCAAUGUGUGUGGACCGCGCGGCCGCUGCAUCAGCCUCCCUGCUGGGAACUUCAGCUGCUCCUGUGAUCCGGGAUUCACUGGAACCUACUGUCAUGAGAACAUUAAUGACUGUGCAUCAUCUCCGUGUAAGAAUGGAGGCACUUGCAUUGAUGAGAUCAACUCCUUCAAGUGUUUCUGCCCAGACGGCUGGGAGGGGAGCCUCUGUGAUGUUGAUGUAAAUGAGUGCAGCAGAAACCCCUGUCAGAAUGGAGGCCAAUGUGUCGAUCUGCUUAAUGACUUCUACUGUAACUGUGUAGACAACUGGAAAGGAAAGACCUGCAGCUCACGUGAGAGCCAGUGUGACUCCACUACCUGUAGAAAUGGAGGGACGUGUUAUGACCACGGAGACUCCUUCCUGUGCAGCUGCCCCUCCGGCUGGGGUGGCAGCACCUGCAACACAGCCAAGAACAGCACUUGUGAUUCAGGUCCUUGCAAGAAUGGAGGGACGUGUGUUGGAGGAGGAGAUGCCUUCACUUGCAUAUGCAAAGACGGCUGGGAAGGACCCACAUGUGCACAGAAUGUUGAUGACUGCAACCCGCAUCCCUGCUACAAUGGUGGCAUCUGCGUGGAUGGUGUAAACUGGUUUCGCUGUGAGUGCGCUCCAGGAUUCGCUGGACCAGACUGCCGCAUCAACAUAGAUGAGUGUCAGUCGUCUCCUUGUGCUGAAGGUUCAACCUGCAUGGACGAGAUCAAUGGCUACCGUUGUCUUUGUCCUCCGGGCCAUGCUGGACCUCGCUGCCAAGAGUUCAUCGGACUUGGGAAGCCAUGCCGUCACGCUGACCUGCAGUUUCCUCAUGGCAGCCACUGGGAGGAGGAGUGUAACACGUGUCAGUGUGUCAACGGAAACGUUCACUGUUCUAAGGUGAGAUGUGGCCGUCGGCUCUGCAUCCUCCCGAAGGCUCUUCCGCCUCCUGACGCAAACCUUCCGUCCUGCCCCGGAGGUCACGAGUGUGUGGAGCAUCAGUUCCUCACCUGCUUCUCGCCACCGUGUCAUCAGUGGGGCGUUUGUUCAACGCCGGACCCCCCCACGCCUCUGCACACCCAGUGCGAGCCCAACAGCGAUUAUCUGGACAACAACUGCGCUCACAUCACACUCAUCUUCAAAAGGGACAAAGUGCCACAGGGAACCACAGUGGAGAACAUCUGCUCAGAGCUGAGGUACCUCCCUGUAACUCGGACACUUGCUGACGAGCGGGCAUUGCUCAUCCUCUGUGACCUGUCCUACUCCACCAGUGAUGCCGUGGAGGUCGCCUUGUCUUUUGAGCAGGAUGGAGGCUCUAAAGACAGCGACUGUGGACAGAUCCAGAAGGUGGCCAGUGCUAUCACGAGUGCACUGUCCAAACGCCAAAACAUCACCGUCAUUCUGGCUGUGGUUGAGGUCAAAGUGAAGGUGGUGGUGGAGUGCCCUCCUGUUGGUUACCUGGUCCCUGUGCUGUGCGCGGUCUUCAGCAUUCUCUGGAUCUUCUGCAUCGUCGUUUGCGUUUGGUGGACCCGCAAGAGGAAGAAAGAGCGUGAGAGAGCAGCCCGAUCUGAGGAGAUGACCGUCAACAACCAGCUGGAGCCGCUGCGGAGCAAUGCUCUCAAGGAUAACCGCGACAAAGACGUUCAGUACGAAUGCAAGAAACUGAUGGGCCCCUCUGACAGGACGUGCGAUGGGGCCGAGGGGGAGGAGGAAGGGGAGCACGAGGGGGAGCAGGCGGAAGACGAGGAGAGGGGGCUGGGCAUAGGAGGCAAGUGUCCGCCUCAGAAGUGCUCCUUAACACAGGACAGGGGGAUGAUGGGUAAGGGAGGGAUCAUUUGUACAACGCGCAGCGGUCCGCUGAAGGUGCCGCACCGGACAGCGUACAGCCCCAAAGACAACCGGUGUAAAAACCUGAACGCCGCCAAGCUCAGCGAAGACAUUAAAGAUCACUAUGUGUGAACCGCAGAGGGGAGGAGGGACCUUCUGAGUUCCCGGAAGAAACUGCGAUGUCUUCAACGUCACUGACUUUUCAACUCUUAAAAAGCACCAAAAGUGAAGAUUACAGAUGCUUUAAUUUUAUAUUUUUAUUUGUCACAUCUUAUUUAAAUUCUUUGUCUGCAGCACAGAUUUUUACCAAAACCCAAAAGAAUAAAUAAACACGCAAAAAAAAAAAAAAAAA